AAAAAAAGCACUACGCGGCUAGCCGUGACCUCCAUUCCAGCCUGCCCUGCCCAAGCAAAGAAUUCCCAGCCUUCACACCUCUCCCCCUCGCUCCGUCCCUACCAGCCAGAGGAGGAGGAGGGGAAAGUGGCUGCUGGAUCGACGAUGAUGUGGGGCGUCGCAGCCGCCGUCGCCUCCGCGGCCGCCGUCGCCGUGGCCUCCGGCGCCGAGCUCCUCGCCUGCGACUGCGCCCCGACGGAGCCCGCCGCCGCCGUCGCCGUCGGCAGAUGCGACGAGUUCCUCCUCCGCCAGCGGGAUUCCUCGGCGUUGAGCGGGGCCAGCGGCGACGACAAGUUCGCGCCGCGGUUCGACGGGCUGCGCUUCAUCGAGACGCUCGUCACGGCGCACCGCUGAAAAUUUCCCCCUGCGGACUCUUUCCAGUCGUCUUCUUCGUGCGAUUCGCGGGGAGAGGCUGGCUGCUACCCUAUUAAUUCGGCGAUUGGCGGCCAACGCGCCGCCGAAUUUUUGCUACUACUAGGACAAAUUGAGGUUUUCCGUUUCUUUUUCUCCCCUUUGUUUCUCUUUGCCGAUGACGAUUAUGGUCCUAUUGUUGUUCAGUGAUGCGAUUGAAUUGGAACCUUCAAGUGGGCAUGUGAUGUGAUGAUGCUAGCAUUUGGUUCUUCACCCGAUCUGUUAUGCAAGCAUGUUAGUAUGAUAUGAGAUGAUUGCUGGUAUGAUUUCA